AUGUGGUUGUCGGUGUGCAACUGGGUGGAAUGGACAAGCGAGAGACACUCUCCGGUAUGUGUUUGCUCUUGUAUAUUCUUGUCUUUCUGUCUGUCUGUUUUCUGUCAGUCUGUGUUUUUGUGCGCUUAUGUCUCUGUAUUUCUUUGUGUGUAUGUCUGUGUGUUUUUGUGCAAGUUCGUCAAAUGUCUUUUGCCAACAUUUGCUCAAGAGGAUGACCUGUUGCUUCCCCCUAAGCCCUUGUCACAUAAGUCGGGAGCCACUUGGCGGACAAUCGUCAGCAGAUGGCAGACGAUUUCGGAAGAAGCGAAACUGGAGAAGAGGACAGCCGGCGUGUCAUGGAGGCUGGGCAUUAUUCGAGUGAGUGGGUGCGCCGGAGACCCCAUGAGUACCCGAAUGCGUCGCCCAGUGGGUCAGCCAAGUGUCCAGCCUCGAGAAAAUGGCUCAAACAUUUGA